AUGGCCGAGCAGAGAUGCGGGGACCACGGAGGACUGACGGAUGCUGCUGCAGCGACUCACCGGGAUGAGCAGCGGCGUCACAGCACCAUGAAUCCCACGGAGGACUCGGGAGCAGAGGAUCUGUCUUUGGAACAGAUACUAAAGCUUUAUAGUCAGCCCAUCAACGAGGAGCAGGCUUGGGCGGUGUGUUACCAGUGCUGCAGGACGCUGGCGAGGGGACACCGGGGCAGGAGAAGCUCCGCCGCCGCCGGAGCUUCAUCAUCUUCGGCUCCGUCAAGGAUAUCAGGACCGGCGGAUGUUAGGAUACAAAAGGACGGGUCUGUGAGGGUGCAGCACCAGAGCUGUGAAGGUAAAUACAGCCCUUGCACAACAACAGAGGUGAUUGAGUCUCUGGGCAUCAUGAUCUACAAGGCUCUGGACUAUGGGCUGAAGGAGAAUGAGGAGAGGGAGCUCAGUCCUCCUCUGGAGCAGCUCAUCGACCUCAUGACCAACAUGGGAGAAGCUGAGAAGGACGCCUGUCCUGAUGAAGGCUACGAGGCCACAGAGGAAGAGGAUGAGGCAGAGGACGACCCUGACAACAUCUGCAGUGUCCAUGGCUACAGAGACAUCCUCAAGCUGUGUACAGGUCAUCUGCCCAGUCUGUCAGACGCCCCCAGUCACUACCAGGCAGUGUGUCGAGCUCUGUACACAGAAACCAGGGAACUGCGCACUUUCCUGGAGAAGAUCAAGAGUGCCAAAGAGAACCUCCGUAAGAUGGAGGCAGAGACAUCAGAGGAGCCUGCUCGAGACCUGAAUGACCUACAGAAUGCUGACUGGGCUCGAUUUUGGGUUCAGGUGAUGAGGGACCUGCGUGAAGGAGUCAAGCUGAAAAAGGUGCAGGAGCGCCAGUACAACCCUCUGCCCAUCGAGUACCAGCUCACUCCCUAUGAAAUGCUCAUGGACGACAUCAGGUCCAAACGCUACAAACUGCGCAAAGUCAUGGUGAAUGGAGACAUCCCUCCCAGGUUAAAGAAAAGCGCUCAUGAAGUCAUCUUGGAGUUCAUCAGAUCCAGACCUCCUCUAAACCCUGUGUCGGCUCGUAAGCUGAAGCCACAGACGCAGCAUCCUCCCACGCUGCACGAGCGUAUCCUGUCGGAAAUCAAAGCAGAGAGGAAACUUCGACCCGUGUCGCCCGAUAUGAUCCGCAGGGGAAGGCUGGUAAUUCGGCCACUUAGCAUGUCUUUCAGUUUUGAUGCGUCAGAUGAAUUUAGUCCGUACAUGGGAAGGAGGACGUCAAGUUCUCUGUCUCUGUCCAAUGGAUCAGCAUCACCCAGAGUAGAGCCCUCUGGAUGUCAUUCUGCACCCCAGAGGAAAAGGCUUCUGAAGGCUCCCAGCCUCGCCGAGCUGGACAGUUCGGACUCUGAUGAUGAGAUUGUUGGGCGCAGAUCUGCAAGCAACUCCAGUGUGGCUACGUCUUUUAUGGAUGAUACGUCUCCAGAGUCUGCACCAGGGAAGAAAACUCCCCCGCUGUUCCUGCCAAUCUCCUCUACACCCCAGCCAGAGAGGCGUAAGACCUCCCAGAGGAGACACUCCAUUGAGAAAGAAACCCCAACCAAUGUCCGACAGUUUCUACCACCCUCCAAACAGAAUUCUAAGUCUCUGGUCGGGAUGAUAGCCUCAUUUCGUCUCUGGAUGCCCCUCCUGCACCCUUCUCCCUCCAUUCUCCACCCUUUGCGGAGCUCCCACCCUAUCGAGGCGUUUGUGUUGGGGUUGAUGAAGGCAGUUUUUGCUGUGUGCAGGGGCAUUUACAUCAGUGGAACAGAGUCGGACAAGGAGGAGUUCUGUUUCCCUGUGGAGUGCUUGUCUCUGACGGUGGAGGAGGUGAUGCACAUCAGACAGGUGCUGGUUAAGGCAGAGCUGGAGAAGUUCCAGCAGUACAAAGAGAUCUACAAUGCUAUGAAGAAGGGAAAGCUUUGCUUCUGUUGUCGAUCCAAAAGGUUUUCUCUUUUCACCUGGUCCUACAUCUGCCAGUUUUGCAAAAAGCCUGUGUGUUCACAGUGCUGCAAAAAGAUGCGGCUGCCAUCCAAACCUUAUUCCAGCUUGCCCAUCUACUCCAUUGGUUCAACCAACACUCUCCCCAGGGAGAGGAUAAAUGCCAUGUCUUCUGUAGGUCAGGCACUCUCCGUAGCUGGAGAGUCGGGCCCGUCAGCAGUGGAAGGAGCAGCAGCGCCCCCCACUUUGAAAGAAGCAACACCAGGAACAUCCAAAGCUGCUGGAAAAGCAGCAGCUAAAUCUGAGAAGUCCUCCAGCAGCCCACGACGACAAAGCAUUCACAAGACAAUGUCCAAGUUUUCGAAGCAUGGCUCGUUAAAGUCUCAUGAAGAGCUGGAGCUUCCCUCUGAGAUGACGGAGGACUGGGCCAGCAUGGAGGUGUGUGUGGACUGCAAGAAGUUCAUCUCUGACAUUAUCGCCUCCAGCAAGCACAGUCUGUCUCUGGCCACCAAGCGGGCUCGCUUAAAACGCAAGACGCAGUCCUUCUACUUGUCCUCCCCUAAAGGAAGGGAGGAGUACCGGCCCUCUGAACGAACAAUCAAAGAGAUCUAA